ACUGUAACUCAGUAAAAUCUUUGAAAUUGUUGCAUGUUGUGUUAAUAUUUUUGUUCAGUAUACAAUCAAGCCGUUAAAAACCGUAUAUAACCCAACUCUUGUUUUGCAUUGUUAAUGUUGAUGAUAAUCUAAUUUCUCUUCUCAGUGGAUUAAUAAUCUGGAGACAGGCGGCAGUGUACGGCUCAUGGUUUUACAACGUCCAGGAGCUAAAUGCAUUAUUACCUCCAACUUCUCCCAAUUCACAUUUCUAAUUGACCACCCUGACAUAUCAAGCUUGAACGGGCCCUGCGUUUCAACCGAUAGCCAAUGUAGGCUAUAAUACCCUAGCAGGGCUAUCUGAACUUUUCGAGUGGGUCAAACUCCUUUUAGCCUUGCUGUGGCCACUCUGGUUUGGCUGUCCUCGGCAUAACCAAGUGUUCACAUAUCGUUCUGGGUUCCACUGCGGAAGAGUAGAGAGUGGGUCCAUGGAGUUUUAUAAACAUCAAGGCAGACACACGUUGAAUUUUUUUUUCUUCAACAUUCUGAUUGGCGAAAGUGGUCAAGCCUCAGACAGGCCUCCGCCGUGCAUACACGUAGCCUAUAGUUCUUCAUCAUUUUUGCCACAGGCAGAGAGAAGACACGGAAGAAACAACCAUUUUCCUUCCUCCCGGCUGCUAUACAUAUUUAUUUUGUUUGUCAUUUUAUAGCCCCUCUCCUCCGCGCUCAGGCACCACGACACCCCUGCACUAUGUUUCCUUACCUUAAGUGUCCACAGCAGCACAGGCAAUAAUAUAAAUACAUCAUUUGAAGAACAUACUCGGUUGGGGUAGAUGUUCACAUUGAAAUUAGACUAACUAAUUAUGGUAUUGGAUAUGCGAUGAAGUUUCGAAAUUUAACAUACUGUAAAACUUAAUAUUUUCGCAUACUCAAAAUGCUUACUAUUUAAAACGCAAGUACGGUAUUCGGACGCAACCAGUAUUUCAAGAUGAUGGCCGACGGGAUACUGCAAGCUGGUGGAGCAACUAAAUUAUCUUUAUAACUUAUUCUGUGUGCGAUAUUAAAACAAUCGGUUCAAGGACAUAACGUUGCAUCUUGUGUAAUAGAAGCAAUUGUUGGUACCAUGUUAAUCUUUUUUUUUUUUUUAAAUGUGCACGAAUAUUUAACAUUUCCCCAUUCACUAUAAUGGGGAUCCUGAGAGGAUUCCUGUGAGUGGGCCUAAUAGAGAGUGAUGGAAAUAAUAUGUGCUUCAGUAAGGUAGGUUUAUUGGCAUUCAUACAGUAGCUAUGGUUGUCAAUUGUACUACACAAAUGGAUCUAAAGUCCCAGAAAAGAGAGGUUGUGGUGGCAGCGGCAGGUACAUACUUGGGAUUGCGAGGUUUUACUGCAGAACAGUUGCAGGGGGUGUUGAGUGGUAGUGUUCUGUCCCCCCAGGCCGUUGGUAGGGUAAUACAACAACAACAAACAUAUUUUUUACUCUCCCCAAAUUGUAUAGGACCAUAUCACAAAUAAUUUAAUGUAGGUAGGCCGUGAAUGGCCUCAAACUCCAGUACAGUAGGCGGCGGUGUAUGCAUCUUAAAUUGGAUGCGAUACACCAACACAAUCCCGAAGAAGUGGCAUUUUGACGUUUCAACAUGCAUGUGAUUUGUAUAUCCGAUCUAGUCGUCUAGAUUCGUUUUCAAUCGGUAGUUUAGCUUUCUGUGUGUGUCUUGUUCUUUCUAAACCUCAUCACGCUGCGUCUGGUGUGGAGAGAGGACUACCUAACCAGCCAAUGGGAUAGAUAUGCAGUAGCAACAACAAGGAUCGUGUGAAAUGAUGGGCUUUUUAUUUUUGUUUUACUACGAAUCAAAUCUAACCAAAAGCUUAAAUUGUUACAAGAAAAAAUAGUCCGCUGUUGUGUAUAGAAUAGCACAGCAGACUUCGUUUGCAGCUUGUGGUUUUACCCACACCCCCUCUGAUCAGAUACAAAACGCACAUCAGGGAAAAUGGCGGACUUUGAGAAGGACGAAGGACUGCCCCAAACAAUGCAGGAAAACCAAGAUGACGAGGAGCCUCAAUAUACUGAUGACGCUAAGCCAAGCAAGACGCAAGACGACGCACGUUUGGAGGAAAGGGUAAUUGAAGAGGUCAGAAGGUACAACAAUUUGUACAACACCUCAUUGAAAGACUACAAAGACUUUACCAUGACCAACAACAGCUGGAAGGAGAUAGCCAAAACUCUGAGAGUAGAAGAACAGAUUUGCAGGACGAAAUGGAAGAACUUGAGAGACCGAUAUGUUCGACUGAGGAGGAAAAUGAAGGGGAAGAGUGGGGAUGCAGCGUCAGAAAUACAACCACAAAUACUCACCACGCUGUCCUGGCUGUCUGGCUUUAUUAAACACAAGGAGACGAAGGUAGAGGAGAUGGACACCCCAGAAGACCUGCAAGAUGACAACCUGAUCGAGCGGGACCACUUCCACAGUUCUAAUAAUGAGCAGCAAGAUGGACAUUUUGUAGUUCGGAGUAAAAUACGAGCUAGAGCUCCCGGAAAGAGAACACCAUCACAUAGCAAAACAAUACAGGAGAAGGAAGAGGAGCCCCUAGAUACUGAUGACUCUGAUGAUUGGAUCGAGGGUUUCAGUCCUGGAGGAGAGAAGCCACACUACUGCUUUGACUGCAGUAAGAGCUUUAGAAAAGUGAGGGAUCUUAUAAGACACCAGAGAUCACAUACUGGAGAGAAGCCUCACCACUGCCCUGUUUGUGACAAAAGUUUUGCUCAAUUAGAUAAGCUUAAAUUACAUGCAAAAAGACAUAUGAAAGAGGAACAUGUCACACGGCUCGAACAGGCUGGACUGAAUGUAGACCGUGUGAACACACCGCAGAGACCAGCCAGCAGAGGCAGGCAGAAGAGUCAAAUUCGAGCUAGUGCACCAGGGGGGGAAAUGGUCCAGUCACAGCCAGGCAAAGACUUGCCUUGCAAAAGUUCUGUUAGAAAGAAUCAACACGUAGAAAAAGGACAACAACCCCAAACAUCACAGGAGAAUGAAGAGGAUCCUGAAGAUACUCCUGAAGACUGGACCGAGAGUUUCAGAACUGUAGAGAAGCCCUACGUCUGCUCCGACUGCGGUAAGAGCUUCAAACAAGAGAAUCGUCUUAUAAGACAUCAGAGAACACAUACAGGAGAGAAGCCUUACGACUGCCCUGACUGUGACAAAAGUUUUGCUCGAUUAGAUAAUCUUAAAUUACACCAAAAAACACACAUGAAGGAGGAACGCAAUUUCCACUGCUCUGACUGUGUGAAAAGCUUUGUCCUAUUGGAACAGCUUGAAAAACAUCAGCUAACACACAAGAAAAGUUACAGCUGUUCAAAGUGUGAGGAAAGGUUUUCAGACCUGGUUGACUGGAAAGCACACUUUUUAGUACACAGAGAGAUUCUCCACUGUCCUGACUGUGACAAGCAGUUCUUGUACAAGGGACUUUUUGAAAGACACAGGAGAACACAUUUGAGAAAAAUAGAAACAUUUCUCUGCACAAUAUGUGGGAAGGAGUAUCGCAACAUCAAAAUACACAUGCGAGUACACACUGGAGAGACACCGUAUCACUGCACUGUGUGCGGGAAGAGUUUUCCAUACAUAAAAUCGUACCAAAGGCACAUACUAACACAUACCUCUGGAGAAAGAGCAACCUAUCCUUGUUUGGAAUGCGGAAAGACAUUUACUCGCAAAGAUGGCAUGGUGAUGCAUGUGAGGAGGGUUCAUACUGGAGAGCGAAAUCAUCAGUGCAGAUACUGUGGAAAAAGAUUCUUUCGAAAAGAGAAACUUAAGGUACACAUGCUAGUUCACACUGGAGAGAAACCAUACCAAUGCUCUGUCUGUGGGCAACGCUUCUCCCAAGAUGGUGACAGAAAACACCACGAGAAGAGGCACUACUCUGGUGUCUCAGAUUUCCUCGAUCUAUAAUGCAGAAGUGGGGUUGCAGGAAGUGGGAACCUACCUAAUCAUUGACAAUCUAAUAAUCUGUUAGCUAAAAUGUUAACAGAUUAUUAGGAUUUACAAAACCCUAUUGUUUUUCCUUCUGACCUCUUCAAUUACCUUUUCCUCCAAACUUGCAUCAUCUUGUGUAAGAUUUACAAAACCCUAUUGUAAUGGGAAUUUUAAUGUUUGUGCUUUUCUUAUAACUAAUUUCUGUGUUCUAUUCAUGUGCUGUUCUAUAAACCAAUUUCUGUGUUCAACCAAUUUCAAGUGGUUGACUCUUAUCAGUAACUGCAAUUUGGCAGUAUACCCAGACAUUGUUUUGAGAACAAACAAAAUAUAUCUCAGUUUCAAGGUCUCAGUUUAGAGAGAAGCCUCGUGAGGUGUUAGUGUUAUGAACCAGUAUUGGUCGGUCACAUGAAUGAAACAAAACAGUAAUGAUGAAUUAAUUAUGCUAAAUCAUGCAAAUAUAACUUGUCUGUGUAGAGCCAUAUAUAAGACAACUGCUGGGACUGCCCAAAAAGUGCUCCUGAUUAACAUGUGUACUAUGGUGCAUUGAGUUAGUUGGAACCUCUCCAGUGCGCUGACAAAUGAACAAUGAUUAAUUUAAGAUUGACUUUGAGUGUUCUUGUGUAAGAAUUUCCACAAAUAAUUAGUUCCACCUGAAAUUGACCCUGAAAAUAUUACUAUUAUAUAUUUUCCCAUUAAGCUUUUCAGCAAUUAACAAUGUGUGCAGUAAUUUAGAUUGGAGUCUGUGCCUCGCUAGCAGUAAUAGAUAUGUGCAUGCAGGAAGCCUGCUUGCUGGAGUGCAUCGGUCAACUUUCCAUACAGCAGUUGGGACAGAGCGCAGGUAGUCUGCACAACAAUACAGCUGGAAAACAAAGACAGUUUCUCAAAAUGUACACAAAAAAACUAAGAAAAGAUUUGACUGCUGUGGUAGUUCCUGUUCUCCUGCAAUCUUGUUUUACAUUUGUAAGUAAAGCAGUGGCAUGUUUGGGAGAAGAACAUCAAUGAUAUAUGUUCUAAACCGAUAUCAAAAUGGAUUAUGGUCAUUGUAGUUAUUUACCACGUUUGAGUUAAACUAGGUUGAAUAUUUUUAAAAUAAAAACUCUGCCUCCCAACUCUGUGGCAGGGUAGCCUAGUGGUUAGAGUAUUGGACUAGUACCAGUUCAAAUCCCUGAGCUGACAAGGUACAAAUAUGUA